AUGGUGGAGACACAAACGGAUCGCAAGAUCAAGUGCAUCAGAAGUGACAAUGGUGGUGAGUUUACAAGUUACCGGUUCAACAAGUACUAUGUGAAUCAUGGUAUCAUACACCAAACAAGCGUGCCGUAUACUCCACAGCAAAAUGGAUUGGCUGAGAGAAUGAAUAAAAUGCUUGCUGAAAUGGCACGUUCGAUGUUGAGCCAUAUGGAGGUGGAUAGAAUGUGGUGGGGUGAAGCUGUUAUGACAGCUGCCCACACACUAAACCGAAUUCCGAACACAGCGCGUCCCAACAAGAGUCCAUUUGAAGUGAUGAACGGUUCGAAACCUGACUUAAGUUACUUUCGUGUAUUUGGAUCUACUGGUUAUACACGAGUAGCGGAUUGCAAGCGGACCAAAUGGGACAACAAGGCUAACAAGUGCAUUUUUCUGGGUUACUCGGAGACAUCAAAGGCGUACCGUGUGUGGGAUGUGGAUCGAGAACAGUUGGUAGUGACUCGUUCUGUCACACUGGACGAAAGGCCUCCUCAACGAUACAAGAAUACUGUUGUGAGUGAAAAUUGUGUCAAAAUCACACAACAGAACGAUGAUAGAGACGAAAAUGCGGUAAAUGUACCCAUUUCAGCGGAUUCUCAUGAUGCGGAAGACAUGGAAGUUGAUGGAGCAGAUGAUGUUGACCCUAGCUGGGAAGACAUGGUUGUGGAUGCCUAUGGCAAGGACAACAGGUCGGAAAAUUUGGAGAUUGUUCCGAUUGAAGGGGAGCGUACAGAUGAGCGGACAGGUGAAACAAUCAGAUAA